AUGCCAGGUUUAGUGUCUGAUAUCUUCACCCACACGCAGCUCAUUACCAAAUGGAACCGACUGGAUCAGUGGUCCCAAGGCUUACAACUCUUUGCAGAGGUUGGCCUGUGCCGACUACAGGCAAGUGUCGUCACAUACGGUGCUGCUAUCAGCUGUUACGAGAAGGUUGCGAAGUGGAAUGCUGCAGGAAGUCUACUUUGUUCGCUUCCAAGCCGACACCUGCAGCCGAACGUUGUCACCUGCAGUGCAGUGGUAAGCGCUUGUGCAAAGUGCCCGGGUCGUUGGAACGAGGCCGUUCUGCAUGUGACUCUGGCUCGUGCGAUUCUUCUCUAUCCCGAUGUGAUCGUGUACAGUGCGGCAAUCACCUCAUGCGGUGUAUCGUCCGAAUGGCUGCAAGCGCAGAUGCUCCUGCGGGAUAUGGAGCACAUGCUUCUGCGACCGAAUGUGAUUACGUAUGGUGCAGGCAUCACUGCGACUGGGAAUGCUGCGGCAUGGGCGCAAGGUAUCUUCUUGCUUGGCAACGUUUUGGAGAUGCAGCUGCAGCCGGACCUUGUGAAGUUCAAUGCCUCUGUUAGCUGCUGCGAGAGAGCUGCAAGGUGGCAACGUGCAAACCAGCUUGCGUGGGAGGCGGCAGACAGAAAGCUGCUUCCGAACUUGAUCACAAGUAACACAGUGGUCAGUGCUUGUGCUCAAGAUGGGAAGUGGCAACAGGCCUUGCAACUGCUCGAAACCAACUGGAAGCUGCGCCUGCGCAGCGACGUCAUCUCCUGCUCAGCAUCACUCCGCGCCUGCGAGGAGGCUGCAGCCUGGGAAGCUGCAUUGAUGCUGCUGCUUGCGUUCACCCAGCAGAAGCUGCAGGUCGAUGUGGCUGUCUACAAUGCCGCCAUCAGUGCGUGCGAAAAAGCUGCAGCGUGGCGGCAGGCUUUGGAGUUGAUCUCCGCAUUGCAGGAAAUUCAUUCAGAGCCUGACGUCAUCACCUACAGCGCGGCCAUCAGUGCCUGUGAGAAACCUAUGGAAUGGGAGAGAGCUCUAGUACUAUUCGUGGAGAUGCAGGCAGGCGAAGUGAGCCCAAACGUUGUGACGCACAGUGCCGUCAUCAGUGCCUGCGCAAAGGCCGGAAAAUGGCUCAUUGCACAUUGCAUUUUCGAGCAGCUUAUGGCCAGUCAUCUCCAAGUCAACCUUAUCGCCUGCAACGCACUGGCUGCCACAUCGGAAAAGUCUGGAACAUGGAGGCAGGCUCUGCAGCUUCUAGUGGACAUCGCAGCAAUGUAUCUGGAACCUGACCGCAUCACCUCUGGCGCAGCCACCGGCGCCUGCAAAUCGGCGUCCCAGUGGCAACAGGCCUUUCGGAUGAUGGGCAGAGCCGACCUGGAUGGAGCCGAGAUGGACGCCAUCUCCCUGGAUGCUGUCCUUAGUGCCUCCUACCGGGCGGGCAGCAUCAGGGCAUGCGUGUCUUUGCUGGCGCGAGUGGAGGAUCUUUUCAAGCAGAGUAUUCAAUACUGGGCAUCGACGAUUUCGUGUGUGCGUGUUUCUGUUGUGAGUGUGGCGCGGGAAGAUCCGGGCAAUCGGACCCGGAUUCUCCCCAGCCCUGUAGGCCACCCUGUCUUGGGUCCUGGAUGGAGAUGCCCGGGGGAUGCCGUGCUUUCCGACACCUCCCUUUCCCUUGCAAUGGCCUUUGGAAGGCCUGCGAGUGCAUGGCAGGAAGUGCUGUCUGAAUACCGGGAGGUGCAGCGCAGCAUCAUCAGAUACAACCUUGCAAUCAAAGCCUCCGGUAAAGCGUUGCGAUGGGCAUACUCACUGGAGCUGCUAACAGCGUUGGCAAGGCAGCGUCUACAAGAGGACACCAUUUUGUGUAGCACCACUAUCAGUGCAUGCGGGCAGGCUGCGCAAUGGCAAGGUGCACUUGCAGUUCUGACCAACAUGGACGGCGACUCCGUGGUGGUGGACGUGAUUACCAUCGGAUCUGCUGCAGGAGCCUGCGACAAGGCUGCCUGCUGGCAGCCCGCGAUCUCCUUGCUGGCCGAUCUCGAGGGAAGGAGACUGCAGGGAAGUCUCAUUCUCUUGAACUCUGUCAUCAGCGCCUGCCAGAAAGGAAGUGGCUGGACCAUGGUGGAUGCUCUGAUCUCGAAGGUCUCGGACAUGCACCUACAACCUGACCUGAUAACAUACAACUCCGCGCUGAGGGCCUUGGCAGAAAGGAAUUGGUCGAGAAGCACCACUUUGUUCCAAGACUUGCUGGACAAUAUGCUGCAGCCAGAUGUCGUCACCCACAGUUCCAUGCUGACGGGUCUCCAACUAGCGGGGGAGUGGCAGCGAGCGCUCCUGGCAUUCAGCCAUGCACUGUCACAGAAAUUACAACCGAACCUUAUCAUCUAUAGUGCAGCCAUCAGCGCCUUCGAGAACUCUGCCGACUGGCAGGGCGCUUUAUCUUUGUUUGCUGAUCUCAUCGCUGGCAACCUCCAGGUGGACUCAACCGCAUAUACCUCCUUGAUGACGGUCUGCAGGCGAGCUGGCAUGUGGCAGACAGCGCUGGCCCCGCUUUCGCAGGCGCGAGAGCUUCAGGUCCUCCCAGCUUCGAUCUUGCACAACUGUGUGAUCAGUGCGUGUGAAACUGCAUCGCAGGCAAAGCAGGCUUUGAAACUCUUGGCUAGUCUUGGGGACUGCCGCUUGCAGUCGGGCGUGACAACGUACAGCACGACCAUCAGCUCUUGUGCAAAGUCUGCGGAGUGGCUCCAAGCGCUGCUGCUCCUGGGGCAGAUGAACCAUGUGGACCUCUCUGCUAAUGUGGUGGCAUAUGGCGCAGGCAUCAGUGCAUGCGAGCGGGCAGCCAAGUGGCAACAUGCACUUGAUAUGCUUGCAUGCGUGCGGUCCAGCGACCUGCAAAACAACGAAAUCACCCACGGCUCUGCGACUAGUGCAUGUGACCGGGCCGGCGAGUGGCAGCCGGCGCUACGGCUGCUCUCAGUCACUUCUACCAGGGCCGUGGAACAUGACAUCGUCCUGCACAAUGCCGCGCUGGGUUCCCUCCGCGCAGGGGCGAAGUGGAAGUUGUCAUUCGAGGUGCUGCGCAACUUGCGGCCUGCAAGCCUGCGCCCGACGCUGAUCACGCAAACUGCUGCGAUCGCCACGUGCGAAGUUGCAGGGACGUGGGAGUCCACCCAGCUACUUUUUCGAGAACUUUUGCUCCUGCGACUGGCGCCAGACAUUGCAACCACCAAUGCCCUGGCAGGCUCUCUCGAAAGAGGACGGCAGUGGUCCCGGAUACUGGCCCUCUUCAGGCCGGGCACGGAAGCAGAUUCCAUCACGCUGAGCGCUGCUGCUGGAGCGUGUGAGGCAGAACUGGAACCGACGCAGCUGCGCUGGCAGCUACUCCAUACGGAGGUCUUGCUCGAAAGACUGUUGCGACUGCAGCUCGUGCAGAAAAGCCACAGCGCGCAAUCGAUGUAA